AUAUAACAUAUGGAGUGUUUUAGCUGUUUUUUGGAGUAUCAUUUUAAUUCCAUUUGAACUCGAUGCAGCGCCUCUGGAUCAAAAUCUCAAUUCGAUUUCGAUUCCUCAAUCUACUUUUGUAACCGGGGUAUAUAAUAUAUAUCUGUCUCGUAUGUAAACAUACCUAAUCAUAAACCCAAGAGCGAAUGACUUUUUGUCUUUAAAUUGUAUGUAAAGUUAAAGUAUGUAACACUAAAAAAUAUGUGGUAUAUGGGCUGUUUCAUCAAAUAAAUAUUUAAUUCCCAACAAAUCAAAUAAAAUAAAGAUUCGUCCAGAUGAAAUAAAUUAUCCUAAACGAAAUCAAAUCUACCAUGCAGUCCUUAGUGAAAAAACAAAUGAUUUUAUUCAAUUCUUAAAAAAAACUGAAAGAAAACAAUUUAUUUGUGUAUGAAAGUUUGAAAUUAUUGCAAAAGAGCAAAGGAUAUAAUGCGAAAAUUUAUUAUGAAAAUGAUUACUUAUAUUUAUUGCUGCGCUUAUCUGAACUCUGACAAAGUUGGCUUCUCCCAAAUUUAAUUGAUAUAAAUUCUAAUAAUUGGACUCACUGAAAGAGUUAUUGCUUGUAGGUACCUAUGCAAGAUGUACAAAUUAUCUCGCCUCAGGUGUAUUAUGCACAUAGUUCACAAGUAAAAAUUAAAACAAAAACUAAGCUUUGAGAAUAAGAGAACACAAUAAUUAGGAAAAGAUUGUCAAAUAAAAUAUAGUAAACAUAUUUUGACUGAACUGAAAAACAUAAUGCAGGCGAUAAAGUGCGUAGUCGUUGGCGAUGGUGCGGUGGGAAAAACAUGCCUCUUAAUAAGCUACACAACAAAUGCAUUUCCUGGAGAGUAUAUACCGACGGUCUUCGAUAAUUAUUCGGCAAAUGUAAUGGUUGAUGCAAAACCUAUUAACCUGGGCUUAUGGGAUACAGCUGGACAGGAAGAUUAUGACAGAUUGCGUCCUUUAUCAUAUCCACAAACGGAUGUUUUCUUAAUUUGUUUUUCGCUAGUUAAUCCAGCAUCAUUUGAAAAUGUUCGCGCAAAGUGGUAUCCUGAAGUACGUCACCAUUGCCCAAGUACACCAAUUAUUCUUGUUGGCACGAAACUCGAUUUAAGGGAUGAUAAAAAUACAAUAGAGAAAUUGAGGGACAAGAAAUUACAACCAAUUACUUAUCCACAGGGUCUAGCAAUGGCAAAAGAAAUAGGGGCUGUUAAAUAUCUUGAAUGCUCUGCAUUGACUCAAAAAGGUCUAAAAACCGUUUUCGAUGAGGCUAUUCGUUCAGUGUUGUGUCCCGUUUUGCAGCCCAAAUCAAAACGCAAAUGUUCGCUUCUCUAAUUUAAGUCGUAUAAUCUUAGAUAGUGUUAGAAUUGAGGCACAAUAAACACAUACAAACAAAGAACAGUUAAGUUUUGAUGUCGCCAAUAAUUGCGAAAAAGCUGUAAAAAAAACAUGAAAGUUGUUUUUAUAUAUACCCUUGAUAUGAUGUUUUGUAUUCUAGGUGAAGAAUACGAAAUUUUGCAUACAUAAUCUUAUUUUAUUUUAUUGAAAUUCUGCCAAAGUAAAUCAAAACUACAUUUUCAACUAUACACGACCUAAACAAUUUGAUAUUAAUGUAGUUCAUGAUGAUUUCAAUAAUAAAACGUAUAUAAAAAAAACCCGAAAGCAUAAAUAUGUAAAUAUAUACGCAAAUAAUGUAAACAAACAAGAAAAAGCAACAAAGCAAAAUUAAAACUAUACACAAAUA